AGGUGCGGAGUUAGCAAAAAUAAGAACGAUUCUUACAGUAUGUUCGCGUUUGGAUUUAUCACAGUAGCUAUAUUAGCUGUUUCAGCCUCAGCUCAAAUAGAGUCCUUAAAUAAUGUAGUCACAGUAUACGGUUAUAGACCAGGUCAAAAAUGCCCUGCCAACAUUUUUUUUGACGACUGUAACCAAUGCAACUGUCCCGAUGGAUACCAGGGCGCUUGUAGCAGAAUGGGUUGCUCUAGAGAUAAACCUGGGACAGUCUUCUACAAGCCACUUUAUGCACCAUGCUACAAGGUAAAUGACAAAUGUCCGGCAAAACAUUUCUUCGAUGGCUGCAAUCAUUGUGUUUGUAAUGGCGAUGGCAUUAGUGCUGCUUGUACUAAAAAAUUCUGUUUUACAAACGAUGAUCAGAAGUGUGAAAUGCCUGCACAUUAAAUUGCUAUCUAACUAUACCUCAAUGAUGG